ACUUCUGGUAUUUUUUCUAGGCUAAAUAAAGAAAUUUUUUUCUAAAUAGAUUGUGAUUGACUCAUUAAAAAUAAAAAUUGAUGAAUAGCCACUCCGCCAUCAAUUAUAAUUACCUUAUUAUUCAUUGACUCACAUGCCGGAUAAUCCUCUAAAAAAGAACGCACACAAUAAAACGAAGUACCUACCUAUUUAUUUAAUAAUAGCCAAACAAAUUAAUCCAAAUAUUUCAAUAAUUAAUUGAAAAUAAACAAGCGAUUGUUAAAAUUUUGAACAAAAUAAAUAUCGGCACUUUUGAUUUCGUUCAAUGGAUUUGCCUCCUGGUAAUACAUUUUUCAAUUAACAACAAACAACACACACACACUUGCUGUUUGUUUAAUAAUUUAUUGCCAAGACGAUUACGUAAGCUUCGGUCAAUCUUUAAUAGAUUAAAGGUGAACGAAUUCACCUUAUGAGAUGAUGAAUUUUACUAUUUUUAAGAUUUUCAUUAAUAUGUUAAUUCAACCUUGACAAUAGGAUGUCUUCGGAUUUUAGUGGGGAUUUUGUAUAAAUACUUAUCAUUUUUAGUUUGAAUGAUCACAUGUAACUGAUUAUCAUCUAGUUGUGAAUAUGAAGAUCUUACUACUUUUGGCUCUCGCAGCCCUAUCCAACGCAGAUGUAAGCCAUUUAUCUGGUGGCUACCAAUACAACAAUCCAGCAUCACAAUCCAGUUACGGUGCCCCACAAGGUUCAGUAGUCGGACACGGAUCCGUGCCUUCAGUGAAUUUCGUACAAUAUUCACAACAACAACAACAACCUUCAAAUGCUUACCAGUUUUCUUCACAAUACAGUCAAACAACUGGAAGUGGCUCUCCUUCGUUGAGCUCAUUCAAUGUUGGUGCAAGUCCGAGUCAAGGAAAUUCUGGUUUUGGCUUCAAUGGUCAAUCAUCUACGGUCAGUAAUGGGGCUAGUUUUGAUUUUGGUGCCGGUGCUAGUCAAGGAAGUUCUGGUUUUGGCUCGGGAGCAGCCAGUGGCGUCAAUGGCCAAUCAUCUAUUGCCAGUAAUGGGGCUGCCUUUGAUUUUGGUGCUCAUGCUAAUCAAGGAAGUUCUGGUUCUGGUUUCGGCUUGGGUCAAACUGGUGGAGCUUCAUUCAACUUUGGCGCUCAUCAGCAAAAUUCUGGAUUGGGUGGCAUCAGCGCCUACCAAGGCCAAACCAGCGGCGGAAGUAUCGACGAAUCUUUCGGAGUUGUAACUGAUGCCGCAGCUGGUGCUAGUGCAAGUGCCGCAGCUGAUGUCUCCAAACAUUUAUACUUCUUCUCUGCUCCCGAACAAGAGGAUGAAGUGAUUGAAGCCAAAUACGAUCUUCCCGCUGUGCCAGCCAAGAAAACCUACAAAAUUAUCUUCAUCAAAGCGCCAGCCUACAAAAAUCAAGGCACCAUUGUGGUACCACCUCCUCCACAAAACGAAGAAAAAACCCUCGUCUACGUUUUGGUUAAGAAACCCGAAGGUCAACCCAAAAUACACUUCAAAGAAGCUGCCCCAACUCAACCCACCAAACCCGAAGUGUUCUUCAUCAAAUACAAAACACAAAAAGAAGCCGAAAACGCUGUUGCCGAAAUUCAAAACAAACACGGAGCUACUGGUCAAGUUAUUGCUAAUUUACCUGCUGGCACUCAAGCAGCAUUCCAAUCUCCCGAUGGCUCAAUAGUGCACAACCCUUCAUCAGUAGAUAUUGGAUCUUUGAGCGGAAUUGGAUUAUCUGGAGGUGCCGCUUCAUUAACAUCUGUAGGCACCGGUUUUGGCGCCACAGCAACUUCUGGAAGUUUUUCUUUGGACUCUUUGGGAGCCAAUACCGCAACUAUUGACAGUAGAAUUGGUGGACAACAAACUUCAGUAGAGCAAAACAGUGAAGGUGGUGUCAACGUACAAGUAACUGCUGACCAAGGAUUAGUUUCUCAAUCCCCAACUCCAGCAAGUUUCGGUCAAAGCGCUGUUGAUUCUUUGAGUGGUUUUACUUUGAGUACUGUUAUUGCUAGCGGCACCAGUGGCGCCGAAACUGUACCAGAAAAUUCUGAGGAGUUUACCACUGUAGAAAACACUGCUGCUAGUCAGGAUUGUUGUUCAGGAAAUGUUGCUAGUGCUGACAAUGAUGUACAAGGAUCGACAGGAUUUUCAGAAUACGGCGUUCCAAAAAAUAGGAGAUUCGCACGUAACUUUAAAAAAUAUUAAUUUUAGGAUCUUCUAAAUGUAGGUACACUGCCAGUUCCAUUUCAAUUGUUUUAUAAAAAUUAUGUAAUAACUAUACACGAGUUUAAAAAAAUCAGUAUUUUUUUUUUUUUGUAAUAAGUAUGUAUAAUAUUUUGAAAAUUUUAUAAUAAAAUAAAUGUGAUUUUUAAAGUUAAAAUUUGUAUAUGAAAAAGUGAAUAAAAGACACUUUUCCGUAAAGGUCAAUAUUACAAUAUAAUACUUGUUUAAACCUGAUUUAAAAUGAAAUUUUAUUUAUGAGUAAACCCAAAAAAUAGGUAUAUUUGUGUACCUAUAUCAAGAGACAUUUUAUUCCCACUGAGAAUUUUGAUUAUCAGAAAAACUCAUUGAUUACUUGGUGAAUAGUCUAAAAAUGUUGGUGUUUAUAUUUGUAUUUUUGUUUGCUACAAUAGUUUUCAAAAUAUGGCGCUUCAAGGAUAAAACUUUCUUAUUGAAUUUUAAAAAAGUCUCAACAAUAUUUAUCUAGAAAUUGAAACCCUGAAUGCACCUAAGAGUCAUUUUUGUAGACCUAUCAAAACUUAUAAUUAUGCUAAGAUAAUUAUUGUUCCAGUUUUCUUAAUAGAGGGUGUCCGGAAUAACUUGAAGAACAUGGGGAUUUUGGAAACCAUUAAAGAUACAGAGUGGACCAAAUGGGAAAAAAAUUGCGCAAUCAAGAAUUGUUUACAAAUAAUCUGUCAUCAACUAGAUUGUAUCUUUUAUAAUCAACAAGAUCUAAGAAGCACUUUUUUCUUUUUUGCUCUGUAUAUCUGUUACUAUUUCGAGUUCAAACAAGUUGAUGACAGAUUAUUUAUAGGCACUUAAUUGCACAACUUUUUCCUCAUUUGGUCCACUCUGUAUCUUCAAUGGUUUUCAAAUUCCUUAGGUACUUCAAGUUAUUCUGGACACCCAUUAUACCUUUUUGGAGGAUUCAAAAAUCAAAUAUUAUAAUAUUACCGAAAUAAUAGGAGGUAAAAUUAAGAAUGAUGCUAAUUGGUAAUUAACUGGAUUUGAUGCUUAAAUGAAGGUAAACUGUAAAAUUUAUUCAUUUGAGCUUAACAUAAUAUAAAGUAGUGUAUAAUAUAUAUAUAUAAAAACAAGCAGUAGCUAUCAAUCUAAACAAAAUUCAUAAGCAAAAAGUUUUUGAUAAAAUUGAAACAAAAUCAAUCAUAAAAUAAUUUGUUACUUAUUAUACUUAUAAUACCCUUCUCCGCUUUUAACUCCCAACUUUUUUUCUUCCACCAACUUUUUCAUAGAAACACUUGGCUUGAAAAGAGGAUUAUCAGGGAAUUUCUGAUGCCAUCCGUCCAUUAUAAAGGAAAUGGUAUCGUGACCCACAUAGUCCGCCAGCUCGAUGGGUCCCAUCGGGUAGCCCGCUCCCAAUUUCAUGGCAGUAUCAAUGUCUCUUGGAGAGGCCUCGCCCCUUUCCAACAUUCUAAUGGCUUCAGCAAUGUAAGGUACCAAUAAUCUGUUGACUAUGAAUCCGGGAGUGUCUUUGCAAGUGACACAAGAUUUUCCAAUGGAUUUGCCCCAAGAUAAAAAUGCCUGGUAAGUUUCUUCAGAUUGUUCUGGAAUUUUUACUAUUUCUAAAAGUUUCAUUACGGGCACUGGAUUGAAGAAAUGUAGACCACCAAAUCUGAAAUCACAAAAGCAUGAAUAUUGAUUGUACAAAUAAAAUUCUUCUCACCUAUCCUUCCUAUUAACAACUGAUGCAAUUUCUCCAAUAGACAAUGAACUAGUGUUUGAAGCAAACAAAGUUUUGACAGGAGCAGCCUUAUCGAGAGCCUUGAACAAAUCGUGUUUGAUUUUUAUAUUUUCCACAAUAGCUUCCACUACAAGAUCGGCAUCUUGUACUGCCUCAGUUGGAUCCGUUGCACCACGAAUUCUGCUUCGAGUUUCUUCGACAAACUUCUGAGCCGCGUUCGGGUCAUCCUUGUGGAGUUUCUUGGCUACUCGGGAUAAAUUGUUUGCGAUGCUGCUUUGCGCUUUUUUGAGAAGGUCUGAAUUUACUUCUACCAGAGUGACUGUGUUGCCGCUUUGUGCCGAGACCUUUUUUUGAAAAAAAACAUUUAUUAAUAGACACUACUAUUAAAAUACCAGU